UCUUAUUUCUUUUCAACUAUGGCGGUGAUGCGUGGCAUGAGUCGCGCGAUAAAAAUAUUCAUUCAUAGACGUUAUUGUUACCAAUCUUUUUCCACAGAAUUAAAAUGUUUUCCUCAAAAAUCCACUAUUUUCACUAAAAUACGUAUUUUUUAAAAUCUUUAUGUACUUCCGCAGCUCAUGUAAGACACGAAAAUUUCUGGUUUUUUGGUUUAGGUCGCACUAGUUCUAAAAAGUGCGUUACGCUGAUGGAUAGGUCAAUUUUACAUGGCUCAUUGCGCAUCGCCAUUUUGUUGAAAAUAAAUAAAAAAGGUUAUAUUUCUGUCCAUUAGUUGUCAUACAAUAAAUCCCGUAAAACAAAUUUUCUAUUGAAUUCAUAUAAUCAAUAGAAAUAAAAAAUAGGAAAGAAAUUGCUACAAAACGUAGAAUUUUCAUGUGUCCCAGGUAUUCACCUCUUAAAAUACGGUCUGCUGGUCUGCCAGGUGUUCGUGACAAGCAGAAUCUUCUAUUCGUGAAGUACGAGUCAUAAAGUCAUAAGCAUUUAUGCCCUCUUACUAACUUGUACUCAAUGCUACAGGUAAUUGAUUGAAAAAACUAAUUUGUUUAUUGCCUGCCGGAGGGUACACGUGAUUUCGGGUAACCACACACUAUUAUCUUAGAGGUUCUCCCAGCUUAAAAUUCAAUAUAACGUUAUUAUUUUAUUGUUAUAAUAAGUAUAAGGAUUGCUGGGUGCCACCUGUUACUUUUCGACGUUAUAUCGGAAUAAAAAUAAAGUUAAAUACGUCUACGAAUCAUGUGUGCUUCUCUUUAUCUCGCGAGUUUCUAAAAUCAUAAUUAUAGUGUUCUCAUAUUACCUAUUAUAUUUUUUAUCAAUUGAUUCUUCAGCGAGUUAACUUCUGAAUCCAAAUUACUGUAUACUUUUUCGAUGGAAAAGAACCAGCAUUAUUAAAGAAUUCAAAUAACAAUUCUAUAAUAUAAAACAUAGUUGGUAAGUUAAAUUAAAUCAUCAUAUUUCGUACUAGUAAUAUCAAAAUUAUUAUAAACGAAAUCUUCACACAUUUUCAAUUACAACAUAUUUGAACUGCUUUGUUAAGGCGUUAUUAUUUGAAAUAAAUAAAUAAUUAUUUUAACAGUUGUUUUUAAGCCAGGUUUAUGGUGCUGCAGUACCUGUUCUAACGGCGAGUGUUAGAUUAUAUAGAGGCACUUUUAUCAUAUUUCGGAUCAGUUUCAUUCAUAGUCGGAAGAACUUCUAAUUUCUGGAGUUAACGAAGAAGUCAGAGAGUUUCUCUGCGUCUCAAUUACAUUGACGCAGCACAAAGCGCUAAUCUGGAGUUCGGACCCUAUGCAAGUAACCUGUAUCGAUGCCUUGGGUUCUUUAGCUCGGAUAACUAUAUAUAUUAUAUAUUUCGCUCCUUUAUCUUAAAGGCGGUGUUUUUAUGAGCGUUGCUAAUGUUUAGGAAAGCAAGUAAUUCUUCAUUGGUCAACGCUCUAUCAUUCUGUUACGAAUAGGAUUCUCGCCUAUGUUAUGUUAGACGCUGUACUUAGUAUUACUCAUUCAAACGUAGUAAAGUAAACGUCUAACCGCCUUUAAGGUAAUUCGCAUUCUGUCAUUGCCCGGUCUCAUCUAUUUUAUACCUACUAUAUCAAUUCUACAGUCCUCUUUCCCUUCCUUAUUGUAACUAUUUUAUAAAUUGCGAAUAUCGGGCGGCUCGGCGUUCUUUAUUUCUUCUUUCCUUAAUUUUCUGAGUUUGAAAAUUUUAAUUCGAGAAUCGACAGCAACAAAGGAGAAUACUACGAACUACUGAUCAACAGUCAAUAUCAAAUCUCCAGAGUGAAGCGUAGAACGAGUUUUGAGGAAAGCUUUAUUUCAACUUGGAUAAGAAUAACCGGAUAGCGAGGACAUAGAGGAUCAAGAAGUGAAUCGAGAUGCCUAAUAAAAAGAAAACGCAAAAUAAACCGAAAACUUUUUGCGACAGAUGCCACCGGGUAGGACAUCUCGCACGAGAUUGUUUCACGCUUAUGUGCGACUACUGUAAAAGAACAGGACAUGAUAUGCUGGAUUGUAGAUCCUUUGAGAGAGAUAAACAAUACAUAAUAGAUUCAGCUAAGCAGCGUUACAGAAAAAAUUUUGCAAAUGCUGCUCCACAACCCGAGGGCCAACCUGGUACCAGCAGCGAAAUCAGUACAGAAAUGUCAACCCUAUCAACUGUAGGAGCUUACCGUGAAUAUUUAAUAUCUCCUUAUAAAGAUAUUAUCGAGAUCUCAACCCCAGAAUUGAAAGGUGAAAAAGCAAAGAUGAUGGUUUCUAAAAACUGUCCAAUUACAAUGAUAAAAAUAGGUACGUUAAAGGACGAUGUGACUGCUGCUAAAGAAGUCCUCACUUUAGAGGAUGUAUUCGGUGCUCGGAUUCAAACCAUAUGUUUAAUAUGCUUAAGUAUACACGUAAAUAACAAGACUAUACUACAUCCUUGUCGAGUAAUUUCUGAUGACUUUUACAUAGAGACAGAUGGCAUAUUCGGCUGCGAUUUUAUGGGCAGAGCAAAAAUCAAGGAUGGGAAACAUGUAGAAUUAGCUGGAGUACGAAUACGAUUCAUCCCUAACCAACAUGUACGCGGAGUACUAAGAGUUAAUGAACUAGUGGAUAUUCCAAACGAGGACUCAGAUUCAGAGACACUAACAGAAUCAAGUAGCGAAUUAAAUUCUUAAAUCAGGUAUUUCUCUCGCGUUAUAAUUUACCAAAUAAUAAUAUUAGCCAAAUGAGGCAGGUUAUAGUCUCUAAUAGCUGAAUUUUUUAAUUUUAUAUAGUAAAUGACAAUCUGUCAGAAUUCUAUUUUUAACGUUUUAUUCUAUGUUACUUAUUCUGCUAAACUUAUACCGUUUUCUGAAGAAUUAAUUAAAACAUUCACUUUUAUCUUAUGACAUACGGAUAUACUCGAGGAAAAAUGAAGUUUAUCAUUUCUUUUGCAAUAUUUCGACUUUUCAAAACCAUUAUAUAGAUCACAACGGACGUGCAAGCACUUCGGAUGCCAUAUUAUUACAGCAGAAUUGAAUUUAAUGAAAUAAUAUUUAAAAAUGUAAUUCAAUUAUCCGUUCAAUUAUAUAUAUCAUAAGUUAUACGCGAAAACCUAACAUUAUUGAUAUUUAACGGUAUAAUAUUGAUAGAAGUACGUCAAUCUGAUACAUAUUUCGAUUUAUGUAAUAUUUAAACCAGCGCAAUUAUCUAUUAUUUGCAAACACUGUGUGACAUAAAAUACAAGACUGUUAUAAUUACGACUGAAGGAAAACAUAUCAUUUUAAUAGCAAAAUUCACAAUAUAGAUUAAUACACAUCUAAAUAUAAUUUAACGUUAGCAGAUUUUCCUGAAAAUACAUAUACAAAUGUAAAAUAAUUUAAAAAAAUCAGAUGAUGCAUGAUCAAUUAGCAAACGCUUAACAGAGUUAAAAACAUACAUUUUUGAAAAAGAUAGUACUGCCCAUGCAUAAUGUUAUUACAUAGUAGUUUUACUUAUUUAACUUAUUAUUAUAAGGAUAAUAAUAAUUAUCAUUCAUUCAGCGAAAAGGAUGAUAUCGAUAAGUAAACUGCGAACGUUUAUGUACGAAAAAUGUGUAAAAUUGUAGAUCAACGUAAAAAAUAUCUAAAGUAAGGUAGUCGUUACAAUAUUUUAGAAAGUAAAUCAAAUCUCUAUUUAAAUCUCAGGUAUUUCUUAGUUGCAUUUACAAACAUAUAAACAUGCAUAAACAUUUGUAGUUUACAAAUAAUCAAUAAACAGAACCCCCUAUACCAAUUAUCCAUAUAGAUUGAAAAAAGAAAAAUGUUUGCAUCAACAUCUAAUGUACAAGUAUAAUACGAACAAUUUACCGAUGUACACGAAAUUCUUAUCCCAUUUAUACUGUAUUUUGCAUUUGUAUAGUAUUAUUCAUCACGCGGUUUACGGAAUUAAAGAAGAACAAAGAAUUCGUAAUGUAAUCAUCGAAAAUUAAUAAUCAAUACUAAACGAAAAACUGGUCCAUUGUUACCACAUUACUAAUGUUUAUUUGCAAAGUGUUUGGUUCCUACUCUUAUCCGUAGAGCAUAAUAUCAUCAAGCAAAAAAAAUUUGAAGUCUUUGUAUACUUAGUGUCACAUUUAAGUCAAUUCAUGUGAAUAACGUUUAAGGCGUUAAUAAUAUUGAAAAUAUUCCAGAUUAAAGCAUGUUUCUGUAAAUGACUGAGAUUUUGUACUUAAAAAAACAUUUGUGGAUAAGCUUUCGUUUCUUUUAUGCCUCUUAUUAUUAUUAUUAUCCACUGUAAGUUUGAUAAGAAUUAAAUUUUCAUUCAAAAUGUGAAUGAAUUACUUAUGAUAUUGGCAAAUAUGUGUAAGAUCGUACAUUUAAUAUCUAAUAAAUUUUUACAUUCAUUCACCAA